UCAGUUCGCGCUCGCUAAUUCAGCCCCAUCUACAACUCAUUAACACUGUGAAUAUCAAUCAGCCUUUGCUUGCUCAAAAUGUCUGGGCUAUCUGUCCUAAUCACCGGGUGAGCAACUUAUUAAGCCAAAACUCUGACAUUUCACGUUUAGACAGCUGCUGGUCAGAUGCUCCGUUGGUGGCAUUGGGUAUGAAUUGGCAAAGGAAUACAGGAGGAACGGCUAUAUCGUCUUUGCCACUGCCAGAAAUAUCGAUUCCAUGAAAGGAUUGUCAGAACUUGGGAUUGAGACGCUGUCGCUAGACGUAACGAAAAACGAGUCUGUACGUGCAGCGAAAGAAGUCGUGUCGGAAAGGAACGAUGGGAAAUUGCACAUUUUGGUUAAUAAUGCCGGCCAGCCAUGCUGCUAUCCCGCCGUUGAAAUCGACCUCGAGCACGCCCAGCGAAUGUACGAUGUCAACGUCUUCGGAGUUAUGAGGAUGGUUAACGAGUUUACGCCUCUCUUGAUAAAAGCUAAAGGGAAGAUUCUGAAUCUUGGAAGCGUCGCUGGCAUUUUCCCAAUGGGUUUCACUGCGGCGUAUGGCUCGGCAAAGGCCGCUUUGCAUCAAUACACCGACAUAUUGCGGAUGGAGCUCGCCCCCUUUGGUGUCAGUGCCACGGCAGUUGUCACCGGGAGUGUCAAAUCAAACAUAUACGAAGACAAAGACCCAGACUUGAAGCCUGAUUCCCUUUACCAAAUGAUCAAUGAUCAAUAUAUCGCAAACAGGAAGGGCAAAGCCAGCAUGAAGGAGUAUACCGAGACGUCAGACUAUGCGAAAUGGUUCGUUGAACAGACAACGAAGGAUCAUGUUCCAGCCCGGUUAUACAAGGGUGUUUAUUCCACAAGAUUGUGGCUUUUUGAGUGGCUCUUGCCUAAGCAGUUCUUGAUAAACCUGGCUGCUAACUUUUAUGGCUUCAACAAACUGCAGGAGCGGUUGGACGCUUCGGAGGACAAAAAACAAUUAUAACCUGCUAGGGUCCACCUUUCAUAUGCAUCUCCCAUGUCGUCCCCUCCCUGAUUUUCCAUUUCAGGAUUAUUCCUGAAGUGUCGAAGCGCAUGGAAAUUACGAAGGUCGUUUGUAUCCGUACCUUGGUAGUCAGCCAGGCAGGUUACCAGCCUAAGCUUUCAAUCAUAUCUUUUUUAAAUGAGA